GUGUACUGCUCUCUAGCUCGAAGCCGUCAAUAUCAGCACGGGCGGAGACGUGACGGCCACACUCUCUCCCUCUCCUCUCUCUGCGACUCGACGAAGCACCCUCCUUCUUGUCUAUAGAGUUCAACAGCUCAUUCGGUCGUUCCGUCCUGUCAAUCUCCACCCGCUCCUCUCACUACCCUGUGUCAAUUUUAGUUGACUUUACACGAUCGCAAGAGCGAGCGCGCGCCCGCAGGGGAACAGAGCCGCAUCCAGGGAGAGGGACCAAGCGCGCGCGUGCAGGUGUGCAUGCUAGUUUUUAUCACUGCGUGUAUGCGAGCGACCGAGAGAGAGAGAGAGAGAGAGAGAGAGAGAGAGAGAGAGAGAGAGAGAGAGAGAGAGAGAGAGAGAGAGAGAGAGAGAGCAGGCGCAAUGUUUGGAUGAGCAGAGGAGAGAUGCGAGAGAGACCGGCAACAGAGCAAUACUACGGACGCCCUGCCCUUCGUUGAAGCGCCGGCUUCUUAAGGCACUGCCCCGACUUGUCAAGCUGUUUCUCUCCCACUUGCUGCCCUUUCAACGGAUGUAUCGAAGUCCAUGCGCGUAGUAGCCACAGUCGUUGGAUUGCAUUCUUCCUCCUGCGUUGUGCUGUUCGUGCUAUCCAAUGUGGCACAACUUGUUGUCGGACUAAGACCAGUUGUAGCAGAUUGUUAGUGGUGGUGGUUGGGAAAGAGAAAAGGGGUUGUAGCUUUAAUUUGUUGUUGUUGUUGUUGUUGUUGUUGACGGAGAUCUGCCUUGCGGACUGGUGUUCUAUUAUUAGCUCAAGGGCAGGCAUUUUACUUCAUCGCUGGUUUUCAGGCAAGUAAGCGGGAGGAGUAGAGGAGGAGGACGAGCGGAGAAGAACAGAGGAGGAGGAGGGGGAGGAAGAAGAAUAAAAAUAAUAAUAAUAAUAAUAAUAAUAAUAAGAAGAAGAAGAAGAAGAAGUGCAAGUAGAGAGUAGCGAUGGACGCAUACCUGGUAUUGAAAGUGGACUCCAAUGGUAACGCACAUGAUGCGAGCAGCAGCAGCUCAGCGCCAGGUGGUCGCUGGGAUGUGAAGAUGCUCGCAUGCAAGGCGGCUUUAAAAGCCUAUCGCAAGGCUGCCGAAUUGUCCGUCGAAGAUCACUUGAGGCUCGGAGACGCCUAUCUGAACGGGAUCGAGGUGCCAGCGGACGCAGGAGAGGCGUUCUUAUGGUAUCGACUGGCGGCGAAAAAGGGAAAUGCUGAAGCACAAUUCAAGUUGGGUCGGCUGUACGAGGCAGGCCGCGGCGUAGAGAAGGACAACUGCAAAGCGAUGAAAUGGUACGUUCGCGCUGCCGGGCAACAAUACGUGGAGGCCAUGUUUCAUCUGGGUGUUUGCUACGAGAAGGGACUCGCAGGUGUGUCGGUGUGCAAAAGCGAAGCAAUCUGCUGGUACAAGAGGGCUUCGGAGAAAGGUCACGCCCAGUCCGCCUUCGCCCUCUACCUUUUGUACGAAAUGGGAGAUGGCGUUGAUCAGGACGUCGGCCAGUCGAUCCAGUUCUUGCGACGGGCGGUCGAGCUUGGGCACACAGAGGCCCAGUACAGACUCGGGUGGGCUUACGAGCACGGGAAGGGGGUGGACAUGAAUAGGACGGAGGCAGUGGUGUGGUACAAGAUCGCAGCGGAGGCGGGCCAUGCCGAGGCUGCCACGUGUCUCGGGCUUUGCUACCAGCAUGGCAAGGGCGUCCCCGAAGACAAAGUCCAGGCCGUGAAGUGGUACCGAAAGGCGGCACAGCAAGGGCAUGCGGCAGCGCAAACGAACCUCGGCUUCUGCUACGAAAACGGGGAGGGCGUGGAGGUUAAUCUGGUGCAGGCGUUCGAGUGGUACAAGAAGGCGGCAGAGCAAGGCCACGCCGCGGCGGAGUACAACCUGGGGCUGUGCUACGAGCACGGGAAGGGCGUGGCGGAGGACAAGGUGGAAGCGGUGAAGUGGUACCUGAGGGCGGCAGAGAAAGGGUACCACCACGCGCAGAACAAUCUAGGGCUGUGCUACGACUACGGGAGGGGGGUGGAAGUGGACAAAGCGCAGGCAGUGACGUGGUACAAAUUGGCCGCCGAGCAGGGGCACGCCAUAGCGCAGAACAAUCUGGGUUACUGCUACGAGUACGGCGAAGGAACCGAGGCGGACGCGGCGGAGGCCGUGAAGUGGUACAGAAUGGCGGCGGAGCAGGGGGAGAAGCACGCACAGAACAACCUGGGGAGAUGCUACAGGUACGGACGAGGCAUCGGUCAAAGUAAGCAAGAGGCGAUUAUGUGGUACAGGAAGGCUGCGGAGCAGGGGCAUGCGUCGGCGCAAACGAACCUGGGGUACUUUUACGAGCACGGGGAAGGCGUGCCUCUAUGUGUGUACGAGUCUGCGAGAUGGUACAAGCUUGCGGCCGAGCAGGGAGAGAAACACGCCCAGUAUUGCCUCGGGCUCUGCUAUUUCCACGGCGUUGGGGUUCCAAAGCACCGCGCAGAAGCCGUGAAAUGGUACAGGAAGGCGGCGCUGCAGGACGUCGCUUCCGCUCAAAACAAUCUGGGGCAGUGCUACGAGCUGGGAGAGGGUGUCGGGCAGGAUUUCUGUGAAGCCUUCCGCUGGUACCUUAGAUCGGGCUGCAGAGGGGAGCUCCAUGGGCAAUAUAAUGUCGCCGAAUGCUACUGGAAGGGACGGGGAGUGGAGCAGGACAAGGCCAAGGCCGCCACGUGGUACCGGAAGGCGGCGGAUCAGAAGCUCGCCCCGGCAAUGACGGCACUCGCCAAGUGCUACGAGUACGGGGAAGGUGUAGAGCAGGACGAAGGGGAGGCAGUCAUCUGGUAUCAGCGCGCUGCGGCGGAAGGAGACGCGGAAGCAGUAAACCGUCUCGCCUGAGCGACACCUUAGUCGUCCUCCUUUCUCCCCUCGCUUCGCCUCCCCGCGCACUCUUCCCUUUUCUUCCGUGUCGUCCUCAUUGUUCGCCGCUGUCUGUCAUUUUUGGCCACCUCUUAGUACGCUGCUCAACGGCUUCGUAUCUUCUCCUCCGUUACGCUGCCAGCAGCUCAGAUUGUGAGUCCCCUAGCAAAAUGCAAGCCCUUACGGUAAGUUCCGUUCUCGGGACAACGUCUAUAGCGUAUGCAUGGUUGACGUGAACCGGCGCAGGGGGGGGCAAUCGAGGAGCGCAACCUGCAUCCAUAUUGGGAGUGGUGAGCUAUUUGUUGAGCUACUGCUUUUUUUGGAACUCGUGCAACUAGGACAGACUGGGAGGGCAAGCUAUUUGCUGGCUGUAGCGGAAGAUGUGCAUCGGGUAGUCCGAGCCGACCGUCGAUCGGUAACCGAACGGGGAGCUUUUUCUCUUGCCACAUGUGCUUCUUCGUAUGUUGAAGAAAUCAAGCACUGCUUUGACGAAUACCCGAAUGUUCGAUAGUCCGAUAGAUCAUCGAGUACAUUUCCCACUCCCCCGGCGCAACGCAGCGCAGGCGAGGAGAUGCUAAAGGACGGUUAAUCGAACGCACUAGCUUCAUUCGGUGGAAGAAUGUCCCCUCUCCGCCGAGCUCACGCGGCCUUGCGUACGUGCGUGUGUGCGUGCGUGCGUGCGUGCGUGUGUGUGUGUGUGUGUGCGUGCGUGCGUGUGUGUGUGUGUGUGUGUGUGUGUGUGUGUGUGUGUGUGUGUGUGUGUGUGUGUGUGUGGAGGGGGGGCGGCUCAUUUGGAGACCUGAAGAGAAGCGAAAGAGACCGCUUCCCUUCUUUAGAUUCCUGUAGGAAGCCUCUGCUGCCCAUUGGAUGCAAAGCAUUGUCGGCCUCGCUACGAGAUGGAGUUAAGGUAGUCAAGAUAGCCGUCGUCCCUGGGUUACUCCGAGACGUUGGACGCAUGCCAAUGAAAUAACAUACGACCUGAGCACUGCCGUCUGAAGGGAAGGCUGCCCGACGUUGAGACACAGAGGCAGAGGGGCAGAAUCUGUCGGUUAUGGACUGACGCCGGCGCAUACCUUCAGUAAUCAUUCGUUCUGCGAAUCUGUACUUGUCCGUAAAACGUACAGGCACACACACACACUCUCUGCACAGGCCGCUUCCAUUGUUGAGCAGUGUAUAGCUACCAUGACGACACACACACACACACGCACGCGCACACGCACACACACACACGCACGCGCACACGCACACACACACACACACACAGUACGGGGAGGGGCGCCGGCGGCUUGGGGAAGAAGGGCCGCUCUGUGUGUGUGUGUGUGUGUGUGUGUGUGUGUGUGUGUGUGUGUGUGUGUGUGUGUGUGUGUGAGAGAGAGAGAGAGAGAGAGAGNGUGUGUGUGUGUGUGUGUGUGUGUGUGUGUGUGUGUGUGAGAGAGAGAGAGAGAGAGAGAGAGGCCCUGAUCUCGUCUUCUGACGUUGGCUUGCAUGCCAACUGAUCAUCUUCCUUUUCGAAAUAGCCGGUCGCCUGUGGGGCAGGCUUUACUUCUUUAUAUCUUGCUGGAAGCGAACAUGUACUACGAGUUGGAGGACGCGUUCGAUAGCGAUGGAGAUUCUGAAAAUGAGCCGGAAGGAUCCUCGCUCCUAUCGUUAACUUGCCACUUUCUCUCUCGAAUGUUGUGGCCCUUGGUUGCGGUCUUGUCAUCAAUACCGCACUCCUUUACAUGAAAAAACUCUAUUUUCAGGAGGCUCCUACGACACGUCGCGACUUCUAUCUUCACCCUGUCCUGUCCCUUUUUGGCACCAAGUUCUUGUAGAUUCCGGACUGCUAACUUGAAGGCCCUCGCUCGACUACUCACCACACGCACAAAAGACCAAAAAAUAUGGCACUGUAUCUACCCUUGUCCUUGACGAAGAUUCUUUCUCAUUUUGCCCAUUUGGUGAGUACUGGAGCGAGGCCCCAAGUCCGUUGCGUUCUCCACGGAGGAGUCCACGCGCUCCGCUUCCCGGGCGCGCGGCUCAAGGUCUCUCCAUGUGUUCUUAUCGGGUUGACACUCUGGACUCGUUUCUCAUCGCUCAACGAGGUUACAGAGAGCUGUUCAAGGACUGACAGGUAGUUCGGUUUCUCUUCCUUCACCUCUCGCCUGUAGCCUUUCGGUAGUUCGGCUGCACAGCCUGCACUACUCUCCGCUCGCCGCACAGCUCUUGCCUGUAGUCUUUCAUAGCCAUAGGAUUUCGUUAUGUUUGAACUGGUUCAUCAGACUGCGCAAGGUUCUUUCUUUCUUGCAGAAUCAGGGGCUGGCAGUGGUACAGUGAAGCCGUAAGCUUUACGUGAACGAUCUCCAUGCUUAUCCUCCUCCUCCUCCUCUGCACAAAGGCUUCGUCAGUCGCAACUCUCUUCCUUGCUUCGUCGGGGGCAAACGAUGUCGUAGCGGCAACAGCAAGGAAAGGAAAAAGAUAGCCAGCCACACGAUGCACUCAUUUCAUGAAGGUCGUCACCUUCGUCGGCCGAUCGCAGGUAAGCAAUCGCAAAUUGUUUCCUUUUUUAGUAUUUUGAAAGAAAUUUGCCACUUUUUACCCGUAUGCCCCGCGCAUGCCGACCGCCUGCGCGACACACACAGGACACGAGCGGCGCUGCUCGCAGGACCGACGACGGGCUUGGCCCCCGGUCUCCCUGUCGCCAAACCCGAAUCGCGUUUCUUCUGACGGCUCGUGCGAUUGUCUUCUCGCCCGCCCGGCCAACAUCGUGGCCCGUCCACGCAGGAUGCGCGAGCUGUUGUGUUUUUUGUUUCUGUAGCAGAAGGGCAAAAGCCCUGAAAUCGUGGUGAGAUCGAUAAUCUGGAAAGUCGUUGAGAGCUCGACGAAUGCUGAACCUACCUACCGGUAGUGGCUGGACGAUACGCCUAUCAUGUGUUCCAGGCUAUCCCCUUCCCGGAAAAUCACAAGGCUGUUUGGUGCUCACUCUAGUCCUGGGAAAUCUUGUGCAGCGGUCAGGGUGGUUCACUGGUUCGUGGAAUCGUGGGACUUCAGGGGAGCCCAAGCUCAGCCGUUCUCUCUUUCCCACUGGUGACAAUCGUAGCCCCUCGAUUUUUGCUCCUGAAUAAUCGUCGAGGCUGAAGUCCGUUUGUUGGCGUCUCCUCCUCAGGGCACACAAGCAUUCCUCUGGAUGAACUUUUUUUUUCUUUUUUUUCCUCCCCCUCCUCCUCAGGGCACACAAGCAUUCCUCUGGAUGAACCUGACCUUAAUCACGUGUGAGUAAGCUCACGAGCUUCGAGGAAUUCGUCAGCCUUCGUCCGGGCCUUCGCUGAAAACGAUGUCUGACUUCUAUUUGGUGUCUGGUUCAUUGGUGGAAAAGUCCGACAAGUCCUUCUGGACAUCCGUUAAAAUUGGAACGAUACAGAGAAGAUUAGCAUGGCCCCUGCGCAUGGAUGACACGCAUAAAUCGGAAAAGUCCGACAACAAACGAUCCGCUUGGCUACCGUACUACCGCGACUCAUCGAACUUAGCUAAUGGAUUUCUCUCUCUCUCUCUCUCUCUCUCUCUCUCUCUCUCUCUCUCUCUCUCUCUCUGAGUUUUGGUAGGCUAGUUUUAGAAUUCCAGUUGAACAUUGCUUGCCUUCCUUUUCUGUAGGCGUUAUGUUUUCGUUCUCUUUUGGUGCUCGCCAUCUCCAUCCACGCCGGGGCCCGCCGGGCGUACUCACAUUAUAUACACAUGCCAGGCGGAAAGGGGAACGGUGUGGCAGACAGGCACCCAAUCAGGCUUUUUACUGUAGGACAAGCUGGUUCACUCCUCUUUCGGCUCCUUUGGUUACUUGGACCGUCACGGCGUCAGCCGUAUGCCAUUCUUGACGUUGCUUUGCUUUUAUUGCCUCCCGUUUCACGAACAAGUCAAGUGAGGGGCCUGUGCCGCUAUUGAUAGACGGCGUAUGUGGCCCCUCUAUUGGUUAUUUCGGGUGUUGUACGGUCGCACGUGCCCAGAUCUUUCCUUUGCCCAGCUUUUCUUUCGCACUAAGAUCGAU